AUGGUGGUAGCAAAAAAUACCAAAGGCAAUCGACAAGAGUACCAUUAUUGGGACUAUACGUUCCAAUGGACCGAAAAACAUCUUCCAGCGAGCGAGCUCGAACCUUGGAUUCAUCGAUGUGACGCUCUUGCUGAUGACUGUACUGAGAUUCUUGAUGAAUUGUCCAAAUCUCAACCCGAUGGUGGCAGCUUGUCAAAGAAAGACCGUUACGCGCUGUUGCGCCAUCAUCACCAAGACGAACCUAAGCUCACUGAGCUCUGGCAGGAAGUAAACACAGUUCCAGAUUGGGUGGACUGGGCGCAGAUCCAACGCGGUCAAGACAUAUAUUGGCGGUAUUUUGUUGCGAUUACCAAUGCGCUCACUUAUCAAAGCUUACUUGGCGGCCUAGGCGCCAUCCGCGUUGGAGAAACCAUCGCUCGAACCGGGGGCUUCGGUACCAAGGUCGUCCGCAGAAGGUUGCUGGAAACCAUGCAAUAUGUUCUCCAAGUCAACAGUACUGCGGAGGGCAUGAAGCCCGGAGGACAAGGACAUCUUGCAUGUGUUCGAGUCCGCCUACUCCAUUCUGCGGUCCGUCUAAAGAUCAUGGGCCUUGUCAAAGAAGACCCUUCCUACUACGACGUCGCGAAAUACGGCCUUCCCAUUAACGACCUAGACUCUUUUGGUACAAUCCAUACGUUCAGUACCACUGUUAUUUGGCUGGGGCUUCCACGCCAAGGCAUCUACCUGAGCAAUCAGGAGGUGGAGGAUUACAUUGCACUAUGGCGACUCGUUGCCUUUUAUAUGGGCGUUCCCACGGCGCCGUUUGAGACAGUUGCUAGAGCGAAGGUCAUGUGCGAGACUUUGCUCAUCAACGAGUUUGCACCCAGUGAUACUGGAAGAUUGCUAGCGAGAAACAUGGUGAUUGGCUUGGAGAAUACGGCGCCUACUUAUGCAUCCAAGGAGUAUAUGGACGCUAUGUCACGCCUUCUAAAUGGCGAUCAACUCUCCGAUGAGUUGCAUAUUCCCAAAUCAAGCAUGUAUUACCGGUUGUUGAUGUGGGGAUAUUGUUUCUGGGUUCAACUCCACGCCAAAACGCUUCCCAAGAUAUCAUUUAUUGACCGGUAUUUGAUUUCGCAUCGUCGCAAGUUUGCCUGGGACUAUUUAAUGAACGAGAACAAUGGCCUGGGUAAAGAGACUGUCUUUGACUUCAAGUACAUUCCCACCCUUCGGGGAAUGACACGCCAAGGGCAACGCAAGAGCUAUACAUUUAAGCGACCAGGUGUUGAGUUGCUAUCAUACAUGGGGCUUGUCUCAGCUUUCAUGUUCUCUGUCUGUCUAAGUGGUUGCAUUUAUGUGCUGGUUAAAAGCCUGCCUACACCACAUCUGGUCAGAAUAGGACUCCUUAAAUUGCUUGACUUGAGCCAGGUCCAAUGA